AUGGCAAUUUUACUCGGGCUUGGUCACUGUAACAGAAGGACUGGCUGUAAGCCUUAUCUCUUCUGUCAGCAACUUGUUUUGGAGAUUCCACUUAUGGAGCUGCCUGGCCUUGGUUUUGCCAUUGGGAUGUUUAUUUGCUUCUGUGCAUCUGUGGCUGGCUAUCCGAAUGGAAAAGUAAGAGAAGCCUGCACUAGUAUGAUACCCUGUCAUGGUAGCUCUCCACAAGUUUCACCUGAGCACACCAUUACAGUGAAUGGGACUGAAUUUAAACCAGGGGACAACAUAGAAGUUCAUCUGUCUGGACCAGAUUUUGAAGGAUUUUUCAUACAAGCCCGGGAUGCAGAGCACUUGGAUAGCCCUGCAGUUGGUUCGUUUGUGUUAGCUGACCGGAGACUUUCUCAGCUUCUGACAUGUGGCCGUACCAAGAAUUCAGCUGUCAGUCACACAAGUAAAGCAAAGAAGAAAUACAUAAAAGUUUAUUGGGUUGCUCCUGGAGAUGCACCAAAACAUGUACAGUUUCUAGCCACUGUUGUGAAGAAAUACAAGAUUUUCUGGGUGAAGAUUCCUGGUCCCAUUGUUUCUCAGCCUAAUGUGCUGUCCCCAACAACACCCUUACAUGCAACAUCAGAGGCUAUAUCAACUUCACACCAGAUUUCCUACUUAUCAAAACCAUUCGAUGCAUCACGUUGUGGAAGUACGAAGUUCUGCAUUAGGAACCCUUCAGACUGUGAUCCUGAAAGUGCCUCCUGUUUUUUUCUAUCCUUCCAACAAGAGAAGAAUUCCGUAGUUAUUGAAAUGAGUGGUCCAGGUGAAGGAUAUUUAGCAUUUGCAUUGUCCCAUGACCAGUGGAUGGGUGGUGAUGAUGCUUAUCUGUGCAUUAAUGAGGACCACCGCGUUCAUGUAAGCACCGCCUAUCUGAAGGGGCGAAGUCCUCCUGUUUUGGAUUCAGAGAAUGCCCUUGAAGACGUGUCAUGGAGGCUUGUGGAUGGUGUUCUUCAAUGUUCUUUCAGAAGGAGUAUUCGUCUUCCUGCUUAUAAAGGGAGAUUUAAUCUGGAUGCCAGUUACUACAUCUUUCUGGCAGAUGGGGAAGCUAGUGAAGGUGGACUACUAUACAAACAUCGUCGUCAGCCUCUGGUCACCAACGGAAUAUACAAUGUCACGGGCCUUCCUCAGGAUAUUGGAGGUUCCCGAUCCCCACGGCUUAUCAAGGCUCAUGGAGCGCUAAUGUUUGUUGCUUGGAUUACCACAGUUAGUAUUGGUGUAAUUGUUGCACGAUUCUUCAAACCUGUCUGGUCUCAUUCAUUCCUGUUUGGAAAGGAGAUGUGGUUUCAGGUGCAUCGUACGCUUAUGUUGACCACAGUCAUGCUUACAAGCAUUUCUUUUGUGUUGCCUUUUAUAUACAGAGGAGGCUGGAGCCAACAAGCAGGUUUUCAUCCCUAUCUCGGCUGUACCGUGAUGGCUCUGACAAUCUUUCAACCACUUAUGGCAGGUUUCAGACCAUCUCGUCAUGCGCCAAGGAGGCAAUUAUUUAACUGGUUUCACUGGAGUACUGGUACAACAGCUAGAAUACUAGCUGUGGUGACCAUGUUCCUGGGAAUGGAUCUACCAGCACUUGACCUACCGGACCCAUGGGACACCUAUACAAUGAUUGGUUUUGUAGCUUGGCAUGUUGGUAUUGAUGUUCUUAUGGAAAUACACAGCUACUGUCUCGUACGUAAAGUUGAAGUGAUAGAGGAUGACAGAGUACAGAUAUUGCAAUCACUCACAUCUGCAGAAGCAGAGGGUCGUCUGUUUAAACAGAUUGUGUUAACCAUCUAUGUCUGUGGAAAUAUAGUGUUCCUCAUUGCCUUCCUGGCAGCAAUCGACCAAAUAUGA